AUAUGAUUUGUCACCUAACUAUAAAAUCCAUCCUCUCAAACCAAGUCCAUCCAUUAUCUUCUCUCAUCAUCGAUCAUCACCACUCUGAUCUAAUUAUCCUUUUAAAUUUCAAGAUCAUGGCGAGCUCAAGACUAGCGAGAUUCAUAACAGAGGUUGCACCACCACAAUUUGUCUCGGUGAUGCGGCGGAGAACGGCUAAGGUACUCGACACCAUCAAGGAGGAAGAAAGAGAAGUUGGCACUGAUUCCAUAUUUUCUUCGAAGUCGAAGAUCAUCUCCUCAGGCUCACCCUUUACUUCUCCUUAUCCCUCUGUUUCUUCAGUUUCAUCUAGUUCCGGUCUUAAAAAUUUCCCGGUUAUAGAAAACCGGAGCUCUUCUCCGGUUUUCAAGAACUGAACCAGUUUUCAGAUGUAAAUUAUAUAUAUCUAUAUUUGUAUAUGUAUGCAUGCAAAUGUUUUGUGUAUUCGAUUACGUUGUAAUCAGAAGUGUGUCUAUGUGUGUUGAGUUUGAUUCCCCGGUGAGCUCCGCCUGCUCCGGUGAAUUCGGAUGAUCAGAGUUUUAUUCCCUGGUGGGUUGAUCAAAGAAUUGUGUACGUAGUCAAAUAUGUGGAAGGGACUCUGUUCGAUGUCGUUUUCAAUGUAUACGCUUUUUUUAUAUGAAAUGAUCCCAAAAAACAAAAAAACAAUAAUUUAGGAUAUUGUUAUUUUCA